UCCUGUAAAUAAUAUGUCAGUGUUAGAUAGUGAAGCCAGUCCAGAACAGAGUACUAAGCCAACAAAAAGAUCAAAGAAUGAUACUUUUGAAGAAUCAAUUUUAAAGGAAUUGCGUGAAUCAAGACCGGUUGCACCAACAAGGGCUCCACCAACUAACGAAGAAAACGGGGACUUACACUUCUGUAAAUAUUUGGCACAUUUAAUGAAAAAUAUGACAGAAAAAAAAAAAUUAAGAUUACAAUCACAAUUUAUAUGCCAAGUUAUUGAUAGUUUGGAAGACUGA